AUGGAGAUAGACAGCGGAAGCCAGAUGGGUGGUCGUACGAGUGGUUUCUUCCCUGGCUCCUCGCCUGUUCAGUUCUUACCAGAUAUCUCACUUCACCAAGACUAUGGCUUCCCCAGUACCAAUCUGAACGGCCACGCAACACCAAGCAGUAUCACACAUCACGCCCAAGGGGGAGUUCGUAGCUCUCCAAAGUAUCUGAAUACGGGAUAUACACCCGAAGUUGUUGGAAUAGCCCCCAACCUCGAUAUUGGUCAAAUGCCUAUUCAAUCCCAACAUCCGAAUGGUCAUCUCUCGAAUUUCCUCAACGAGCGGCAACAACAAAUGCAGCCAAGUCCGUAUCUAUAUGCAGUACAUGGUACCUUUGAAGAUCAAAUGGCUCAGAUCUCUUGCCAGCCAAACAGCUUACCGCAAUCUACCCACUCUUCGCCAUCUCGUCGAUCUCCAAAUGGACACAUAUCUCACUCGAUUAGAACUGAUAUUGGUACACCCAACGGCAAUGGCUUUCGAGAUCCCAUGACGAACUCAGAAACAGUCUCGCCAACCAAUUUUACCCCGGCAAACACACAAAUAGACCCAACUCAGCUAAGCUUCACGUCCCAAGGCGAAAGCAUGAUUGCAAAUGGAGGUAGUUUUGAGUCUGCCCCGUCUCAAAUGGAUUACCCAAACCAGCAACCUGAUAUACAAGAAAUGAACCGGCAUCCGAGAGUCUGGGACAACUCUCAAGGAAACUCACAAACCGCAAUGCAAGGCUCUUUUUCAAGCAACGCGGUAAAUCCUCAUGACUAUUCCGUAAAUGAUAACGCGACGAACCCCACCACUCCAAUACAUCUUAUUGACGAAUCACGAAAGCGUCGAGCAAGUCCAAUAUCUGGCCCCGGCCCCAAAAGACUGCAUGGAGCCAGUCCACUUGGCAGAAGCUUUUACAACGGUUCUCCAAAUAUGGCGAUGAACGAUAAUUCAGCGUACAUAAACACCAAUCAAGUCAAUAAUCUUCCUUCAGCUCAUUGGCAACAUCAAGGCUCUGACUUCAAACCAGCGGUGCCAGCUGGAGGAUUCGUCGCGAGUGGACAGUAUGAGUUCUCAUCCACUGGCCCAAUUAAGGAAAAUACCAGCAACCAAUACCAACACGGCCCCAAUCAAGCUGCUUUGCCGCCACAUCAUCCGGCUCCUCUUCAGAUGAACCAUGGCGGUCAAUUUCAAGUCAACAGCAAUGCAGUACCUCAAACUAUUCCGCAGGCUAUGAAUAGACCGCAAGGAUAUCACUCACCUUCAAAUUACCCCGGGACACAAUCCAAGCCCUUUGAAAACAGGUGGAAUUUCAACAAUCUCUCAGAUAGUACGAUUGUUCCACCAGCAAAUGGGCAACCGGGCGGAUUAUCUCGACAAAAGCAACUCGGAGAUGCAAUCAAAUUUCAGGAUUCAUACUCGGCACACCAGCUACCACGUCGCCAAAAUUACAUGGAGCUUAGCGAGAAUCGGUUUUCAGAAAUGCUAUUGCAUGGCGAUGACUAUGGAGGGUCACGAACAGAUCCUACCUCACGAAAGUCAAAUAGGGGAUUGAUUGUUGAGCAACCCAGAAAUAGAGACAAGCGUACCUCGCCAGCUGACGAUCUGUACACAACGCCGAGUUAUCUGUUGAAUCGUCCACACCUGAAACCUAACUCUGGUCCAUCUCUAUCAAACACAUCUAAGUCUCGAAGCAAGAGUGUGUCAGCACACUAUGAUUCUGUAAGGAAAAAGAGAAGCAGGAGUCAGGCUCGUCAAAUAAUGGAACACAUGAGUCCUAGAGCUCGCAUUCAGAAUCUGCAAGCCCCUAACCCUAAAUUUGCUUUCGCCGUUCAGCAGCCAGAGAAAGAGAAAUUUAUCAAACCCCCAGAGACUUUCGUAGACACCAUGCCACCAAAAGAUGUGAGUAGUUUUUUGGACACUCCAAAGGACAUGAGAAAUAGCUCCCCCGUUCAUCAGAGUGGUUGCAGUAGGUCAGAGUCUGAAAAUACACCACCAUUGGAACUUGCUCUCAGAAAAGUACCUCGGGGCAAGCAUCGUAAGAAUAGCAAAGAGACAAGGUCAGGUUCUGUCAAGACGAAACCUGUAAAGGCCAUUCCGAAAGAAAACCCUUCAACACCUGAGGGUAGAAGGGUAGAUAAGCCCAUUGACCUAUGUAGUCCAGAUUCUAGCGACAACGACUUACCUACUUUACUAGUGUCAAAGCCAAUGAAAGAACGCCUCCCACUAAUUUCGAAAACCGAGAUAAACAAGGGAAGCAAACCUGGAAGUUAUAUAUUUGGACUCGGAACUGGAAUUACUAACCAAAUCAGAAGAUUAGCAGGGUUGAGGUCGGUGAAAACUGACGAGCAGAAGCGUCAAGAGACAUCAGCAAAGCUGAUUGCCAAGAAAGAGAAAGAAGUUGAUACCGUCGAGAUAUUUGGGAAGGAUGAGGCGCUGGAGGAGAAAAAACAGGAAGAAUUGCAACGCAAGCGAAACCGCGAGAAGUCUGCAGAGGCUUCGAGACUCCGCAGAGAAAUUGCCGAGCAACGAGAGCGUGAGAGGCUGCAGCGCAAGAAGGAAAAGGAAAUGGAGUUGUUACGAGAGAACGAGAAAAAAGCACAAGAAAUCAAAGAGCGGAAUAAAGCUAGACGAGAUAAGGAAAACGAGAGAAGAAGACUUGCUGAGUUGAAGGAGCGUGAGAACUUACGUCAAGCUGCGGCCAACAAGAUCUCGGAGAAACGAGCUCGAGAGGAAGAGGCGAAGAUACUGAAGACUUUGGAAACUCAGAAGAUUGCACAAGCUCAAGCGAAACCUGCUGUUUCCACGAAUGCACAACCUCUUCUAAAAGAACAGAUUGCCGCUAUUCCAAUCCGCAAGGCGACAAUUACGGAUUUAGAAAGUGAGGUUGCAGGAGUAUCAAAGCCGGCAGCUGAGGAUGUGGAGAUGGGAGAUGAGCUCUUUGUGGAAAAGAAUAUUCCACCUACUGAAGAUACUAUUGAUGAUGUAUACGACGGCCAAACACCUUUAGCAAAAUCCAAACCGACAGAACCAAGAUCAGCUGCCGAAGCUGUCGCCAGAGCGAAAACGCGUGCUCCUGAUACGGAUAACCGUGGCUUGUGGGAGAGGAUUCAAGAUAGAGACAGAGAAGCGAAGGCUGCUAGAAUAGCCAAGAUUUUGGAGGAGCGGAGGGUACGCAUAAAUGCCGAGAAAAAAGAGGCAGAGCAAGCGCCUGUUGUCAAAAGACUUGGUCCAGUGGCAGUUGGACCAGCUGGUUCAAUUCGUGCUCCCAAACCAAAGCCAAUUGUCACACCUGCACUGCCCACUACUUCGGCAUUGUUCCCGUCUUUCAUUCCAAGGCCUCUAGAUCAACCGAUUCUAGAGCCAUUGACGGCGCGAGUACCAGAUAUACAACAAGCGAAUGCUUUUAACCGACCUACUAACAGUAUUUCAGCUCCUGUCAAUAAACCAGUAUUUAACGUCCCUGACACGAACAAUGAAGCCAAAAGAGCUGUUCAAGCAGAGAGAAAUAGGCAACAGAAUGAGACAGCAGCGAAGAAGCGUGAGAAUAUUGCUAGGACUAAGGAAAGAGAGAGGCUUGUUGCGGAAGCGAGAGAGAAAGGAGUUGUAUUGUCGGAAGUUGAUCUUCUGAAUAAGCUCGAGGCUUUUAUGGCGGCUCGCGAGGAUCGAAUGAAACGCGCAGCAAGAACCAAAGCCGCAAAGAAAGCAGCACAAGAAGCUCCAGGUGGUCUAAGUUUCGAGCAGCAAAACUGUUUGGAUAAUGAUUAUGACUCUGGAUUGGAGGAUAAAGCCGAUGACAACGAGGAAGUAAAGCGUCGAAAAGCCGAGCAACAAGCUACAAAACUGAGACUCAAGCAACUGGGAGCAGAACGAAAUGAUCGGUUCAGAGCAAGUGCCCAGAAGACUUGUGCGGAUGAUGAAAGCGACUCUGAUGCUUCUGUCGAGGAUGGAAGUGAUGAUGAAGAGGAGAACGCGGAAGAUAGAGAAGACAGCGAAGAGACCCUCUUCGAAAUCGACCCCGAAAAUCCUGCCCAACCUUCCACCACCGCUCAAACCAAACUCCAUCCCCAAGCUGCCCUCCCACCCACCGAUCCAGCCAACACAAUGCGCAUCUACACCUUCACAAAACGCAACACCAAACUCGGCAUCACCGAUCCCCCAGUGGUAAUAAACACUUACACCUCCCUCGCCGAAGCAACCACCGUUUUCGAGGAAAAAGUCGCUCUUUGGCGAAAUCAACAAUCUGUUGUUACCUUCAGCGACAACGGGGGUCAAGGCCGUACAAGACGCGCGGAAAUCAAUUUCAGUAAGGAACCAGGAUGGGAAUGCGUGUUGUUCAAAAUCAAGAUUGGGUAUAAAUCGAUUGAUGAAGCUAAGACUCUAUGUCCUAACUUCACGGCCCCAACACCGGCACGGUGUUGGUCCAUCGAAAAAACCAUCGACGGUCUUGACACGAAAACCAAGCCCCACAGCCUCUGGACGGAUCUGAAUAUGGCGAACCACGAGGCUUGUAAUAUGCUGAUCGAGCUCACGAAGCCGGAUAGAGUGCGGCAUAUGGAUUAUAUUAAAUGGUUGGAGACGCAUAACGAGAUGUGCGAGAAGUUUAGGAGUCAUCGGGAUGAAGUUGGGAAGGAGGGCGGGGAGUUUGAUGUUAGUCUUGAGGUGGACAAGGAGGGGGCGCCGUGGUUGGUGAAUGUGUUCAGAGAAGUGAACAUCAGGGUUGAGGAGGUUGAGGUGAAGGGGCCUUUCAGUUAG